CCCAGCCCAUACCCAGGCCACUGAUUCCGCUGCCAUCUGGGGACAUCAGGGCCUCUGCUUGAAUCGUCUAGCUCAGGACAGUUAGACAAGCUUUAGUUGAAUUAUCAUCGGCCCCCAGGCCUGGGCCUUGGCGGUCACAAUUCUCUAGACCCAUUUGAUGAGUGAAUGCGUGAUUGUAUGACUGGCUAAGAGAGGGACCCGGGGAGAGCAUGGGAUGACUCUGUCCGUCGGUGGCUGCUGCCCCUUGCCACUCCGCCUGCAGGGAUGGACAGCGGCAAGAGCUGGGUUCUCUUGCUGUGAGAGGCCAGCGGGGUCAGGGGUCAGGGUUCACAGGGUCUAAGCAGCAGGUUCACGCCACGCCUUCUGUGCCUCCAGCUCUCUAGACCCCAGGUCCACGCUCAUGGCUGAUGAUGUCAGGUACUAACAACGUCGCCCAAGCCCGGAAGCUGGUGGAGCAGCUGCGCAUCGAAGCUGGGAUCGAACGCAUCAAGGUCUCCAAGGCCUCGUCAGAGCUGAUGAGUUACUGUGAGCAACAUGCCCGGGCCGACCCCUUGCUGGUUGGUGUGCCAGCCUCUGAGAAUCCAUUCAAAGACAAAAAGCCUUGUGUAAUUCUCUAGUUCUCUCUUUCUCUCUUUCUCUUUCUCUCUCUCUCUGUCUUCCUCCCUCCUUCCCUCUUCCUCUCUCUCUCUUCCUACCCGGAAGAUAUCGUCCAAGUUUUCCUGUAAGAAAAAUAUUUGAAUCCCUCCUCCUUUGAAUUCUAAAGGAACAGAAACCAUUGUAGAUGCCCAGAUCCUCCUGACCUAGCUGGAGUUUGUGACCCCUGGGGGCUCUGACUGCCUGGAAUAACUGAGCCAUAGCCUCCUCACUUCCACCCGCUCUGGUCGAGAAUCACUAAUGUGACAGGUUUUAAAGCUCCCCUUAGUUGGCCUGGGAAGGGUUCAGUUGGUGAGUGAGCCUUGCAGGCGUGAGGUCCCUAGCUGGCAGCCUCAGGCUGUGCACCAAGCAUGGGGUGUAGUGUCACAAGGCUGUGCUCCAGCAUCCAGAAGGUGGAGACAGAAGGAUUCCCAGGGCUUGAGGGACUGCCAUCCAUCGUAGCUGUCAGUAAACUCCAGACAGUGAGGGACCCUGCCUCAAACACAAGACAGAGGAGGACACCCAGCCUUGACCUCUGGAUCCACACCCACACGCCGCACACACAAUGAACCCUGUGCUGCCCAGUGUCCUUCUUGAGUGGCCCUGUAGUCUGCACAGUGACGCCCUUUCUCCGGCCCAUUCCAGAAACAGGCAUCUGGGUCUCCAUACAAAGGAAGCACUUGCUGGUAUGGCCGAGUGUGUAAUUCUGUCUCCUAACCCUGAGGUCCAUGUGGUCAUUGGCGGCUCCCUGUUUUCUCCCAGUUACCCAGUUUCCCAGGUGGUUGUGAGGGCAGAAAUGCAGAUUUAAUUAUCUUGAGGUGAUUGAGAAGGGGUGUUGGAAUUCUCCAUCCCACAUUGUGACUGUGGCUCCAGAUCCCUUUUCUCCUUCCUGGAUCAAACAAUUUUUAAGGAGCUAGAACCCAAGUCCCUCAGUGUGAGGACGGUGGCCCUGUUCGGUCUGCACUC